UCACUCCACGGCCGCUUCCCGGCAUCCACGUACACAAUACGCCGGCCGGAAUCUGGAUUCUCCAUCACCGACCAGACACUCUUUACCGUCACCUUCACCGUCACCGGAAGCAUAUUGUGCGACUCACUGGCACGCGUAGAUUCCAUUCAACUCGACUCACCCGAAGUAGCUCGUCUUCAUCGACAGUGACUCAUUGGCAGCACCCGACGGAAAAUAUGGCAGCUGACAAAGACAAGCCUCAGGAUGAAGCUUCAAUAUACCGUUUCUGCAAAAUUGUUCUUGGCUGGGACUACUUUUACCUUCUCAAAGAAUCCAAUAAAAAUAACAAAAACAGUAAAAAGGUUGAUGCUUCUGCAUUGGGAUUGAAAGAAGUGAAGGACACUUAUAAGGAUGUGGAUGAUUAUUUGGCUACGUUUGAGCCCCUUUUAUUUGAAGAAGUCAAAGCUCAGAUUAUCCAAAAGAAAGAUGACGAAGAAGUGCGAGAUUGGAAGCUUAGGUUGGUCAUGGAAUGUGGUGAGGCUGAUGAGUUUCACUUACCUGCUGUUACUUACAAUGCUGAGGAAGAAGAGCCAAUAUCACCAAAUGAUCUUUUGCUGCUUUCAAAAGAGCAGUUUAAGGAAGGCUCGAAAUUGCCAACAACCUAUGCGUUUGCGCUGGUGGAGCAUACCCAACCAAAUCUUCUAAGGCUUAGAAUGUACUUAGCUGGAGAAGUCACUCAUAUGAAUAAAGAUGCUGUUAAAUCUGAAAGGCUAGUGAAUAUGUGCUCUCUUGUCACUUCAUCUGUCAAUGCACUGGACAAAUGUUUGUUCAGCCUGAAGAUUUGCAGCUUAUCAACUAUUGCCCGGGAAUAUGUUGCUCUACGGUCAAUUGCUUCUCUCCCUUUUAAGGAUUUGAUAUUAGCAGCUACUGAGAAAACUUCUGCUCAAUCCCGGAGUUGGAAAGUUCCUGGACCUCUGGAUGAGUAUAUUAAAGAAAAUCAUAAUGUCUCCCAACUAGAGGCGAUAUAUGAAGGUCUAUCACGUAAAUCCUUUGUCUUGAUACAGGGGCCCCCAGGAACAGGAAAAACACAGACAAUACUUGGACUUCUCAGUGCCAUUUUGCAUGCAACUCCGGCUAGAAUGCAGUCCAGAGGUGUUUUGCGUGAAAUACAGCAUGGUCCAGAGCUACCCAUUUGUGAAAAAUUCUAUCACUGGGGACAGGCGUCCCCAUGGUUGGUUGGUGCUAAUCCCAGAGAUAAUAUUAUGCCUAUUGAUGGUGAUGAUGGUUUUUUUCCUACCACUGGAAAUGAGUUGAAACCAGAAGUUGUUAAUUCUAGUCGCAAAUAUCGUGUACGGGUGCUGGUAUGUGCCCCAUCAAACUCUGCACUUGAUGAAAUUGUACUACGCCUUCUAAAUACUGGGGUUCGAGAUGAAAAUGUUCGCUCAUAUACUCCUAAAAUCGUGCGGAUUGGUCUCAAAGCACAUCAUUCUGUCAAUUCAGUCUCCAUGGAUCACCUGGUGGAACAAAAACGUGAUGACUCUGCUACUGAUAAACAGAAACAUGGAUCCACAAGAAAGGAUAGGGAUAGUAUCCGUUCUGCAAUUCUGAAUGAGGCUGUGAUUGUCUGCUCUACCCUUAGCUUCAGCGGUUCAGCUCUCCUCAGCAAAUUGAAUCAUGGUUUUGAUGUUGUUAUAAUAGAUGAAGCUGCCCAAGCUGUUGAACCUGCAACUCUUGUUCCUUUGGCAACUGGAUGCAAACAAGUAUUUCUGGUUGGUGAUCCAGUUCAAUUGCCAGCCACUGUAAUUUCUCCUAUUGCGGAGAGUUUGGGAUAUGGCACGAGUUUGUUUGAGAGACUUCAAAGGGCUGGUUAUCCCGUAAAGAUGCUGAAGACCCAGUACAGAAUGCAUCCAGAGAUACGAAGUUUUCCUUCGAGGGAGUUCUAUGACGAGGCAUUGGAAGAUGGGUCUGGUAUUGAGGAUUAUACAUCUCGUGACUGGCACAAAUACCGCUGCUUUGGACCAUUUUGCUUCUUUGACAUACAGGGAGGGAAAGAGUCCCAACCCUCUGGAAGUGGAUCUUGGGUAAAUUAUGAUGAGGUUGAUUUUGUUCUCCUCCUCUAUCAUAAGCUGGUGAGUAUGUUUCCUCAGCUUAAGUCAAGUUCUCAGCUGGCCAUUAUAUCCCCCUAUCGGUAUCAAGUGAAGCAAUUCCAAGAACGAUUCAAGGAAACUUUUGGUGUGGAGUCACAGAAGGUAGUUGAUAUAACCACAGUUGAUGGCUGCCAGGGACGGGAGAAACGUAGCAAUCUUUUCAUGUGUUGGGCAAAUGAUAAAAGCAUAGGAUUUGUGUAUUUUCGUCGGAUAAAUGUUGGGAUUACCAGAGCAAAGUCUUCUAUACUGGUGGUAGGUUCUGCAUCGACGCUGAAGCAUGAUGAGCACUGGAAGAACCUAGUGAUAGUGCUGAAAAGCGAGACAAUCUAUUAA